AACAUCAUAUAUUAUUACACAAAUAUCAUCGUCUGUCUACCGUAAAGGAAUCCUAGUUUUUUUUACUUCGUUUUUAUAAGAUAUUUACACCAAACAAAAGGAAGUUAUGAAUUUAAGACGUAAUAUGACCAAUUUUUGUUUCGAAUAACAGUGUUACUUAUGUUUAUUUACGUGAUGGUUUUAAGUCGUAUUUUAUCGUAUGAUACAUUAACUUUGCGAUGGACGGGAGAAAGUAUAGUAAGCGACGAUCAGAUGAAAAUAUUCGGACUGCAGAUCUCGAGGAAUUCAAUGCAAUGAGAGUUCAAAUAACUGACAUGGUAUCAAAUAAAUUCUUUAAUCAUGGGAUUAUUACACCUGAAGACAGGGAACUGUUACGGAAGUUGCUACGUGAAAUAAAAGAUAUCACACAGGAUAUUGAAUCGCUGCCUGAUAGAUCGUUUGAUAUUGUGUCAAGACGGAAUUUAACUCAAAGGAAGGUGCACACAAGAGACAAAGUCCGCAACGUGAUGCACGCUUUUGAUAACAAUAAAAGCAUUGCAAGUGUUUUGAAGGAAGAAGGUCCACACAGAAGAUCAGCUUUCCUAUCGUCAGAUUCUCUCGAAACUGACGAUGUCAUUGGUCAAGGUACUGACAACGUGAACAAGAAAUUCAAAAUAAAUGAUGGCUAUGAAAAUGAUAUUACUCCUGGUGAAUAUGGAGGAAAGGCGGGAAAGAAUUCUACAAAUGAUAAAAGUAUUGAAAAGGAAGAAAUUGAACCCACUGAGAGUAAAGACAUUUCUGCAACACCAGUAGACAAAAGUAAAACAUCAAAUCCAACUGCUGACUACGAUAGACAUCAUGGUGGGUUUUAUGGCGCUACGGGUUACUUUUUAGACGAUUAUGAAGUCACAAGUACCAUUUCAGUUGUAAGCGAUGAUAACUGGACUCUCAGAAAAUCAGUUUCUUUGGAUAAUGCAGCGUAUGACGACAACGAACAUGAAAAUACUCCAAAGGAACAGUUCAGGAACCCGGAGCAUUGUGAUGUAAAUAAACCUUUUGAUGAAAACGGCAGUGGUACUGAAAACAACUAUACUUUAAACUCGGACACAAAUGAAAUAAAACACGAUGAUGAUAAUGAUGGUAAUCUUUACGAUGACACUGUAGCUGUUGUUGCGGCUUCUGUAAAAGACAGAUGCAGUGAUAAUGAUGUCAGUGAAGCACUUGGUGAUUUCGAUUAUUUAGAUGAAUAUCAUAGCCAGUCCAAUUCUUCUAAUGUAUCACUGUGUGGCAGUGAUGUUAGCAUUACGUCUGUCGGAAAGGAAGAGGCAAUAAAUGAUUACAAUGAGAAAGUGGGGAAACGUGUGACAGAUAAACCCGUGAAUGAUAUGCUAGAAGACAUGCCUACCGUCAAAGAUGUACUUGGCGGUUUCGAUUACCUGAAUGAAUACCAUAGUAGAACAAAUUCUACAUCUACAGCAUCUCUCUAUGGCAGUGAAGAUAAAUUGGAUUUGGAUGACAAUGACACAGCAAUUAAUGAGUUGGAUCAUAAAACAAACAACUCGGUAAUAAAUGACUAUGAAAAUAUGUUAGAAAGAAAGCGUGAAGAGGUUGGCGAUAUCCGGGAUGAAACAAAAGGAGAUUAUAUAAAUGUCACAAGAAGACUGUCUAGCGAUGAACAAGUACACUUAAAAAGAAACAACAGAGUACAAACUUAUUCUAUUGAUCCAGCUACUAAAAAUACGUUAGAGCACCUAAACCAGUUUCAAAGAUAUGAAGACAAAUCAUAUCGUCAUAUGAGUUAUGAUACCGAAGAUAUUGAAGAACAAAGUGUCCCAGAUGAGAAAUUUAAUCGUCAUAUGGCCUAUGGCAUUGAGGAUACUGAAAUGCGACCUGUUCCAGACAUUAACACCAUGUAUACUUAUGAUAAAGUGACAGACACAAAUGAAAGAAAUAAGAUAUUGGUAGGAAGAGCACGAUCAGAAGAAACAGUGCCUAGUUUUACUCACGGAGAAUUUAUACUGAGGAGGACCCAGUCAGAGGAGAUUCAAAAUCAAAAGGGAGCUUUCAGACAAAAAGCAAGAACAGAUCUGGACGUUUUAGACGAGGAUACGCGCUCAUCCACUACAGAAACAGAAAGUAUGGAAAACGCGGAGAAAUCAAAUCGCGGUAGGAAGCAGUUUGACAUAUGUGGCUUUCUUCUGAAAGUUGUGCUCUUCAUACUGUUCGGAAUAGGAGUUACAGAAAUCAUUCUUGGGAUAAUUCUCAGAAAAGCAUGCAAUGUGGACGAAAUUGUGCCAAUCUGUACCAUUACCUCGGGUGGAGUAUCCAUCUGUUACUGUAUCAUAUAUAUUGGAAUAAACAUAUAUAGAAAACGGAUAGGCAAGAUUUCCACUUCUUUUCGGACUUUGCUUUUCUUCAUAUGGUUGAUAUUGCUUGGACUGUUAAUUGCAGGAGGAGUGUUAUUGUAUCCAAGUAUUAAAGACUACGCAUUCAGGGACUGUCAAGGUGAACAAGACUGUUGCAGAAGAAAACUUAUUUUGAUUACAUUUGGUGCAAUAAUUCUAGAUAUAAUAUGCCAGAUAUGCCUUACCAUAGGAAUGUGUUGUGUAUAAUAUAUAUAUGAGCCGCGCCAUGAGAAAACCAACAUAGUGGCUUUGCGACCAGCAUGGAUCCAGACCAGCCUGCGCAUCCGCGCCGUCUGGUCAGGAUCCAUGCUGUUCGCUGAUGGUUUCUAUAAUUGCAGUGGGCAUUGAAAGCGAACAGCAUGGAUCCUGAUCAGACUGCGCGGAUGCGCAGGCUGGUCUGGAUCCAUGCUGGUCGCAAAGCCACUAUGUUGAUUUUCUCGUGGCACGGUUCAAUUAUGAUUCAAUUUCUUCUUGCUGUUCACAUAUAAUAUGAUUUAAUUAUUAUUGCAAAAAUAAAGACUAACAAAAUCAAUUUUCGGUUUAAACUGUAUAAAUUUUCUCACUCGAUAAUUUUGCUCACAUAACCCCUCAUUCACUCAUUUAGUACUACUCAUUUUCUAGGGAGGAGGGAUCCCUGAUUCACUCAUUUUAACUAGUUUUGACCACAUUGGCUAUUAUUAUUUCAAAAUUGUGUGAAGGGAAUGCAGUUAAUCCACUAUACAAACAAAAAUCUUCAACAAGGCUAUCAUUCAAUACUGUUAAACCGCAACAUUGGUUUUAUGUAGGAAAAGUA